AUGGGACGCGGUGGUGCUUCUUCGCGUGGACGUGGAAAAUUCAAGGUGACGCGUGGUGGCGGGCGUCAUUUUUCGCGCGACAUCGAUGAGCGUAUGCGCCCCGACACGGUCGAGGCCGAUAGCGAGGAGGACGAGUCUGAAUCGGAAUCCGAGGAGGAAGUCGAGCACAAGCUGGCGCCCGAGAUGGCCGCGCUCAACCUCAAGCUGGGCAACACUGUGGCUGUCGAGGAGAGCGAGGACGAGGGCCUGACCCGUGCCGAGCGCAAGGCCAAGCUCAAGAAGGCGGCUAAAGCCAAGGUCGAGGAGAGUGAGGAGGAGGAGGAAGACGACAUCCCGUCCCCGCCAAAGAGGGUCGAGCCGACUCGUCGUGAGCGCGAGGCGGCAGAGAAGAAAAAGUUCCAGCAGCGCCAGGCGGCAGGUAAGACGCAGCAGGCCAAGUCGGACCUGGCGCGUCUGCAGGAGAUCCGCAAGAAGCGCGAGGCUGCCGCCGCACAGCGCGCCGCAGAGCAGGAGGAGGCGGCUCGCGAGGCUGCCGACAAACAGUCGCGUCUCGUCAGCAAGAAGUAA